AUGGAGAGAGCUAAGAAGUCGAGGACGCCGAUGCGGGCUGCAGUUACGAAACUUUGCACCGAAAUCGAGAAAGAAGUGACAAAGGAGGACAGCGCCGACGACGACCUGCUUCAGGCUUACGUCAAUCGACUGGACGAUUUAAAACAGAAGAUAGCGGCCAUCGAUCAAGAGAUUUCUGGUUUACUUUUGGAUGCAGAUGCAACUGAGGCGGAGAUACAGACGGAACAAGAUUCAAAAGAAGAGUACACUUUGAAAAUGGAAGUGGCAAAAGUGAAAGCGCUCCGUUAUAUAAACUCCGACCUACUGUCAUCCAGUUCGGGCAGCGAAAUUAAAAAGAAAACGUAUAAGCUGCCGAAGACGGAAAUUAAGAAGUUCGAUGGUGAAAUUACAGAAUGGCUAGGCUGGUGGGCGCAGUUUGAGAAAAUUCACGACGACGACGAGCUUCACGACAGCGAUAAAUUUCAGUACCUGGUCCAAGCAAUGGUCCCAGGUUCAAGGGCAGAAGCUUUAGUGCGUGUUUACCCUCAGUCAGCAGCAAAUUAUCCCAAAGUCAUAAGUGCUCUGAAAGAACGAUUUGGGAAAGAAACUGUUUUGAAACGAGUGUACAUUCGAGAGUUGAUAAAGAUGAUUAUCAACAGUUCACGGGAGAAAGUGAAGAUUUCCUGGAUUUUUGACAAAUUGGAAGCUCAGAUAAAAGCUUUGGAAUCCCUAGGAAUCACACCCGAUUAUAUGAAUGUUACAUUGUUCCCCAUGGUCGAGUCAAUAUUACCAGAGGAAACAUUGAUGGCGUGGCAGCGGAGUGCAAACUUUGGCAAGGAUGGAAAAUCAGAAAACCCUCCCAGAACGGAAUUCGAUUAUUUAAUGGCCUUUCUCAAACAAGAAGUGGAGAAUGAAGGUCAGCGUUUAUUGGCGCAAGCGGGAUUCGACGUUGGAGGGAAGAGUGCCAAAGGGAAGAAAGAAAAGCAAACUUGGAAAAAUAAAUUUGCCGAAGAAGACGUCCCCACAUCAGCAACUUUGUACGUUAACCAGGGGGGAGCAAAGGCGAAAUCGGCCGAGUGCAUUUUCUGUUCGAAAACAAACCAUGCCAGCCACGAUUGUUUCAAAGCGGCGAAGAUGACCAUGGAGGAGAAGAAGCAUAAAAUAGUUGAUGGUCAUUGUUGCUAUGUUUGCUUGAAAAAAGGCCAUCAGUCUAAGAAAUGCAAGUCAUCAGUGAAGUGUGUAGUGUGCAAUCAGAGACAUUACGCAAUUAUGUGCCAAGAAGGUCAGAAGAACCGGACGACUGAGUCGCAUCAAGACGGCGUGGAAGAGAUUGUGCAAGGAGUUCACACCAUGUCCGUGACCCCAGCAAUGACCAGCUGUAAUUCGAGCACAAAGAAGAAUAAAGUUAUUCUUUUGAAGACUCUCCGUGUCAAAGUUCAUGGUGCAAACGGAGAGCAGCAACAAGUACGUGUGGUCUUCGAUACCGGUAGCCAGAGAAGCUAUGUCAAGACGUCACUUGUUAAGAAAUUGAAUUGUCCAGUCCUUGAGAAGCUGACCCUGCAAAAUAGUCUGUUCGGAGGAUAUAAAACAGAAAGCAAAGUCCGAUUCAGUUAUAAAGUGAAAGCGCAGGGAAUUCAGUGCAAAGAGAGAAAGGAUUUGGAAUUAAUUAAUGAAGAUGUCAUUUGUUCAUCGUGUCCAGCCAUUCCUUAUGGAAAUUGGAUUGAGGAACUGGCACGAAAACGGAUCUACUUGACAGACACUGAUGGAGGCUCGGAAGAAAUAGAAAUCCUCAUUGGUGCAGAUCAGUACGAGAAACUAAUGACAGGUCAGAGAUACAAGUUAAGAUGUGGACUCGUCGCGGCGGAGUCAGUUUUUGGAUGGACUUUGUGUGGUGAAUUGAACCAGGGUCAGUCGACUUUUGCUGCAACAGUCAUAUCAAUGAUGACGUGUGAAGAAAGAUCUCUUCCACAAUUAUGGAAUUUAGAAACAAUAGGAAUAAAGGAUACGGCAGAGCAGAUUUCCCAGGAGGAACGUGAUAUCGAAGUAAAGAAAGCCUUUCAACAACAAAUAACCAGAGAUGAGGAGGGCCGAUACGUCGUUCGCUUACCGUGGGUCACUGAAGAAUUGUUCUUGCCGUCAAAUAGGAUCGUGGCAGAGAAGAGACUCGUAAAUGCAACAAAGAAAUUGGAUAGUCAAAACGAGUUCAAAAGCUGCGAUACAAUUUUUAACGAGUGA